UGCAAAAUUCUUGCUUUUCGCCCCGCUAAGCAAUUAUAAGCUCCUCUGCUCUCUCUCUCUCUCGCGGUGCGGGAGCGCAUUUCCCAGAUCCAAUCUGACAUUAUCAUCAUUCAUCCGUCCGUCCUCAAGGUCCCCCCUUCAGACCCCCGAUGCGGUGUUCUCGUGCUUGAUUCGAUCUCUCGCCAGAUUGCGCUAGCAGGGUCGAGGCCUGUCAGAUCGGGUAACCAUGUCGAGGAGGCAAGUGGGCUCCACGCGUAGGUUUGUGGAUACCGGAAGCUUCCCAUUCGCAGGAUCUUUACAUUCAAAGUCUCGAUUCCCCCUGUUGUCCAUCGGCCUAAUUCUUGUGGGAGCAGCCCUGCUCAUUUGCCUUGCUUAUGGUGGCUCAGGCAUAUUUGGAGGUAACAAAAUUGCAGUUAGCAAGGUUGAAGGUGACUUCUUGUGUACAUCAGAAGUACAGAGAGCCAUUCCUCUUCUGAAAAAAGCAUAUGGUGACAGUAUGCGCAAGGUUUUGCAUGUGGGUCCUGAUACUUGUUCAGUGGUUUCUUCACUGUUGCAAGAAGAAGAAACUGAAGCUUGGGGUGUGGAACCAUAUGAUAUAGAAGAUGCUGAUGCAAGCUGCAAAGGCCUUGUUCGUAAGGGCCUUGUACGUGUUGCUGAUAUCAAGUUUCCUCUCCCAUACAGGCCAAAGUCUUUUUCCCUCGUAGUUGUAUCAGAUGCUUUGGACUAUUUAUCUCCUAAGUAUUUGAACAAGACUCUUCCCGACCUGGCAAGGGUUUCAUCUGAGGGUAUCGUAGUUUUUACUGGUUUCCCCGGUCGACAAAGAGCUAAAGUUGCAGAAUUGUCUAAAUUUGGACGACCGGCAAAAAUGCGGAGCUCGUCCUGGUGGAUACGCUUCUUCUUGCAGAUGAGCUUGGAAGAGAACGAAAGCGCUGGUAAGAAGUUUGAGCAAGCGGCUUCCAAGAAGUCGUAUGAGCCGAACUGCCAAAUUUUUCACCUGAAAUCAUACCACUGAUAUCGCAACAUCAUCAGAUUGGCCUGUGACUAUAAAGUUGCCUCUGUUCCCAGAUUAAACAAGUUACUCUUUGGUUUAUCGAUUUAGCAGUAUAGAUGAAUUCAUGUAACUUGAUGCUCUGUUCCUUUAGCACAACCCCUCUUUAUCUUUAUAGUGAUUAAUUCAUUCAUCAUAUUCACUUCACAGUACCUCCAUGUAUUUCACUAUUCGAUUUGAAAUGAUAUGAUUUUGUUCCACUUUCA